AUGUCGAGCGUGGCCAUCUUCCUGCACCAGCAGCACUACACGGCGGGCGACGCCCUUUCCGGCGACGUUGUGGUGACCGUGUCCCACCCGCUUCAGGCCCACCACGUUACCCUCUUCAUCGACGGACGCGAGAAGGUCUUUUGGGAAGAGACGGAGAUGGAGAAGGACAGCGAGGGCAGAGUGAAACACGUGAAGGUGCACAGGAAGGACAGCCACCACUUCUUGAAGGAGAAGGUCAUCCUGUCGGGCGCCGUCACCCUUCAGCCCGGCCAGAACACAUUCCGCUUCACCCACCGCCUCUCCUCCGGCCUUCCCGCCUCUUUCCUUGAGAAGGCAUCAGUGCAUGCCCACCCGGUCAAGGCCAAGAUCGACUACGAGCUCUCGGCCGAGGUGGACGCCCACCACGCGCGCGACCUCAAGACCCAUGUCCACCUCACCGUCGGCCAGCACACUGGCGGACCCAUUUCGCCGGUGGAGCACACCAACCGGAAGUCGUUCAUGUUCAACCAGGGCCACCUGGGCAUGCGGGUGGAGCUGGACCGCGAUGUCUACUUCCCCGGCGACGAGGUCAAGAUGAAGCUCGAAGUCAGCAACGAAUCCGUCACGGGUAUCAAUGUCGACCUGCGACGUCACAUGACCCUGCGCGCGCACCACCACCGCUUCAGCCACUCGGACAAUGCCCAGCACCUCCGAUUAGAGGGUCUCGCGGAGGCCACGAAGGACAGCCGCUUUGCCAAGUUCCGCAUCCCGACUGACUUCUCUCGCCUCUCCACCAAGAGCGACCUCCUCCAGGCAACGUAUGACCUGAAGGUGGAGUGCGAUGUGCCGAUGGCGGUCGAUCUGUCGAUCAUCAUCCCGCUAGUGAUCACCGUGCCGCAGCACCUGGACCUCAGGGCCAAGGAGUACUCGGCCCCGCACGACAUCGAGCACGAGGAGAUCGUGCGCCAGGGCGAUACCUACCACGAGCGGACGCCCCUCGUCCUGCCCGACAAGACCGGCGACAUGUGCGCCUGCUGCAUCCUCUCCUAA